UGCCGGAGCAGGUGCCCUCGCCCCUCCGCCCCCUCCGCCAGCCUUUUUUUUCUGCUUUAUAGCAAUCAUUUGUUUCGGCGCGGCUGAAAGGGCCCUUUCACUUUCGGGCAGCGCACGUGGUUUCCAGGAAGCCGGGGAGGCCGCGGGGAGCCGCCUCCGGCCCCCGCUAUAAGGAGCCGCCGCGGACGGGAAACGCGGGGCGCAGCCGGCACCUGCGCCCGAGCCCGGUCCGCGGCGAUGGAGAGCGAGGGGGAGGUGCAGCCGCUGCGCUUCGGGCCCUGGCUGCUGCGGGCGGUGAGCAGCGGGGCGUACCGGGGCCUGGGCUGGCUGGACGGCGCCCGCACCGCUUUCCGCGUGCCCUGGAAGCACAACGCCAGGAAGGACCUCUCCAGCAGCGACCUGGAGAUCUUCAAGGACUGGGCCAAGGCCAGCGGCCGCUACCAGGCGGAGCGGGAGGAUCCGGCCCGCUGGAAGACCAACUUCCGCUGCGCCCUGCACAGCACCCGCAUGUUUGUGCUGCUGGAGGACCGCUCCAAGAGCGGCGAGGACCCCCACAAGGUCUACGCCGUCGCCGAGCCCCCCGAGGCCGGCGGACGCCGCGACGCCCAGCCAGAGGCCCCGCGGCGCCGGCAGACCCGGGCGCCGAGCCCCAUGGGGUGCUCCCCUCCGCAGCUGGAGGUCGACUUCCGAGACCUGUCGCUGGAAAACGGCCCCCCGGGCAGGUGCUGGGACGGGAAAGCGGGGGACGGGGGGCGUUUCGGCCCCCCACCGCCCGCCGCCGGCGUCAGCGUGAAAGCGGAGCUGGCCGAGGCCCCGCUGGACGCGCUGCAGUGGGUGAUGCAGCAGUGCGACCUCGGCCACCCGCCGCCGGCCUGGGACGAAGCGCCAGGAGAAGGCCUCUACGUGGAGGAGACGCUCGGCCCCGCCGAGGGCACCGGCCCCCCGGCGCUCCCGCCCUGGGCCGCCCCGGCGCCCGCCGACCCGCUGGAGGUGCAAAGCAUCGCGGGUGAGCGCGGCGCCAGGACGCUCGCACCCGCGGCCCCUCGUCCAGCCGGCCCCAACGCCGCUCAUCUGCCCUCCACAGGGGACGCGCUGCAGGUGAGGCCCCCGGGCCUGGACGCCGUCCUCGCCGAGCUGCCGCCGGACGACGUGCUGCUCUACGGCCCGGCCGGGAGCCCCUGGGAGGUGCCGGCGGCUCCCCGGGACGCGGGGCUGGUGCCGCCGGCUGCUCCCUGCCCGGCGGCUCCGGAGGCCGUGCUGCUGCAGGGGAACGCAGGCGGCAUCCCUCCCAACCUGGACGUCAGCAUCUUCUACCGCGGGAAGCUCUUCCACCGCGAGGAGGUGGGCAGCAGCCGGUGCCUGCUGGCCUACCAGACCGCCGACCCCGCCGUGGCCCUGGACCUCCCCUGGCUGGUGCAGUUCCCCAGCCCCGCCGGCCUGGCCGACCAGAAGCAGCGGCGCUUCACCGAGGAGCUGCUGCAAAACACCGGGCUGCUGCUGGAGCAGCGCGACAACAAGAUCUACGCCCAGCGCCUCAAGAAGUGCAAGGUCUUCUGGGCCCUGUCCAGGCAGCUGGACGUCGGCAACCUCUCGCCCAAAGUGCUCUGCCGCAACCAAGAGACGGAGAUCUUCGACUUCACCGAGUUCUGCACGGAGCUGAGGGACUUCCGAGACUACCGCCGCGAGCGCUCGCCCGACUUCACCAUCUUCCUCUGCUUCGGGCAGUGCUUCUCCAAGGCCAAGCCCAAGGAGUCCAAGCUCAUCCUGGUGAAGCUGGUGCCCAAGUUCUGCGAGUACUGGUACGAGCAGGUGCUGCGGGAAGGCGCCUCCUCCCUCCGCAGCCGCAGCCUCAGCCUGCAGCUCUCCGACUCCUUCAGCCUCUUCGAGCUCAUCGAGCAGUACAACAUGCAGCUGGACUGAGGCCCCGCGCGUCGGCGGCAGCGUCGCAGCGAGACCCAGGCGAUCUCGGGGAGCCCCGAGCGGCCCGCGCCCGCCUACGCUACCCCCGGGGCGGCUCUCGACCCCAGCGAGGCAGGGCCGGGG